UGCGAGCAUAGCUGCAUGUGGUGGCUCAGUAUUGGUGCUCUUGUGGGCCUGUCCAUAGCAGCAGUGGUCCUCCUGGCCUUCAUUGUCACCGCCUGUGUGCUUUGUUACCUGUUCAUCAGCUCAAAACCCCACACAAAGUUGGACCCAGGAUUAAGCUUACAGACUACAGACCCUGACGAGGUACCGCCUGACUGCCAAGGUGGGAACAUGGGCAAUUCAGUGGAGGUGCCAGGAGUGAACCCUCUCGGGCAGAGUCACCCUUCUGAACCCAUGGCGCACUGCAAUGAAGAGCAGGCCAUGGACCCCACACGCCUCCUCCGGCACUGCUUCAUGGCUACAGUGACGGCCGGUGACAUUCCGGGCAGCCCAGAGGAGGACCCUGUCCCCAGUCUAGACCAGCUCCAUAAACACCCAGUAAAUGUCUCUGCACCAUCCUCUUCUGGAGUCUCUCUUCUUGGUAAAAAGGUGCUGCUGCUGCUGGGCUGGGACCACCCUUUGAGCUCCACCGGCCAGGAAGAAUAA